UUAAAUUGGUAUCCUUCCUAUAUAUACAAACAUACAUGGGUCUUGCCUUGCCUCCUCAUUUUAGCCUUCACUCCCAGGUGCGCACGUUAGCUAGCGCAUUUCCCUUCAAAAUGGCUCCCAACCUGCUAAUGUUCACCGUCGUGAUCUGCAUUGGACUCACCGCCGUCACCGGCCAAUCGCCGGCGAAUUCUCCUACCGCCACCCCUGCUCCGCCCACUCCCACUCCGACGCCACCAGCAGCAACGCCGCCUCCGGUUUCAACACCACCGCCAGUCUCCGCGCCACCGCCUGUGGUUAGUUCUCCGCCACCGCCUGCUACUCCGGUCGCCGCUCCAACUCCGGUUAGCACGCCACCGCCAGCGUCACCUCCGCCGGCUGUUCCUCCUCCCGCAUCGCCGCCGGCUCCGGUUGCUUCUCCUCCGGCUUCGGUUCCAGCUCCGGCUCUGUCGGCUCCAUCACCAUCGCAAACGAGCCCUCCGGCUCCGCCAACGGGAGCUCCGGGACCUAGUGUCCCAGGGCUCUCCCCGGCUCCAUCCGCCACAGAUCAGAGCGGAGCAAAUAGAGUGCGCGUAGGCGUAGCACAGAUGAUCUAUGGCGGCGCUCUUUUUGGGUGGGCUUUGAUGUUUUUGGUGGCUUAGAUUACUCUGUUUGGGCCUUUUCCCGUGUUUGCAUUUGCAGCCCAUAUUUAUAUAUUAUUGUAAUUUUAUGUAUUUGCUAGGUGCUAGUAGCAUUGUUUGUUGAGAUUUUUGGAUCUACCUUUGAUUUUUUAUAUUGAUUUGGAUUCUUUUUUGUAUUCACGGAGCCAUCUUUUUCCCAUAAGAAUUUCCUACAAUAAAUUCAAGUUUUAUAAAUUAAUAAUA